AAAUAGAAGGACCGAGAAAAGGGAUAAAGGUGCGAGCGGAGAUCUGGUAGAAAACAAAGAGCCGCCGGUGAAUUUCUCGCCGGAAAACGAAACAAGAGGAGAUUUUCCGGCGAGCUUGUACGAUCGUGAAGAUGAACAGUCACCGCCGGAGAGGCAACAAGAACGGUAACAGAAACAAGGGCGAAGGCAGAACAACGAUGAAGGAAAAGAGAUUCGAAAGGCGAUUGUUGAAGUUUGAGGAGUUACCAGAGUAUUUGCAAGACAACGAGUUCAUCUUGGACCAUUACCGGUCCGAAUGGUCGGUGAAAGACGCCUUGUGGAGCGUCUUCGCUUGGCACAACGAAACCCUAAACGUUUGGACGCAUUUGGGAGGAUUUCUGAUAUUUGCGGCGAUGACGGUGGUGAGCUUCCCGGCGGCGACGAAGACAAUGACUGAGCUCGGAGGUUUGCUCUCAAACAUCUACAGAGCACCAGCGAUGGGGAUAGAGAUCAACGGUUCUGAGUCUGACACCAACGGAUUCCCGGGGUCACAGUUGAGACACAUUCUUGAACCAAUCAUAUCUAAUGAACUAAGAGAAUAUGGUGCAGAAACAAUUCCAAGAUGGCCAUGGUUCGUUUUCUUAGCUGGAGGAAUGGGCUGCUUGGCUUGCAGUUCUAUUUCCCAUCUACUAGCCUGCCACUCCAAACCUUUUAACCUCUUUUUUUGGCGUCUAGAUUAUGCUGGAAUUUCUCUUAUGAUAGUAUGCUCCUUCUUUGCUCCAAUUUACUAUAUCUUUUUCUGCAAUCCUUACGUAAGGUUAUUAUAUUUGACAUCAAUAUCUGUGCUUGGAGUCAUGGCCAUCAUUACCCUUCUUGCUCCUUCACUUUCUUCACCUCGCUUUCGACCAUUCCGAGCAUAUUUAUUCCUCUCCAUGGGCUUUUCAGGUGUAAUUCCUGCAGUUCAUGCUCUUGUUCUCCAUUGGGGUCACCCUCAUAUUCUUGUUGCACUCGGAUAUGAACUUGUAAUGGCCAUUCUAUAUGCUACAGGAGCUGUAUUUUAUAUUACUAGAAUACCAGAGAGAUGGAAGCCUGGAGCAUUUGACAUUGCAGGGCAUAGCCAUCAGAUUUUUCAUGUUUUUGUUGUUCUUGGGGCGCUUGCACAUAGUGUUGCCACACUAGUGAUAAUGGAUUUUCGACGAGAAUCUCCGACCUGUGCAUUUUAGCCAAUGCUUACGCAGCUUACCAUUAAACUGUUGGAAACAAAAUCGGCAGUCAGCACCAUAUUUCGUUGGUUGCUCCUGUUUUAUGAAUUGCAUUAUCACUCUUAGAAGAAAUGGCUAGCUAAUUUAAUGAGUAGCCACUAGUUCAUGUGUAUAUUGAUUAUUCUGUUAUACUAGAUGCAGGCUGAUAUA